AGAAUGGGUGUAGUAUUAUGUAGGUACUGUGUUUUAUAAAAUAUCCUAUUAAUAAGCAUUGAAGAUUGGUAAUCGAUUCCACAAGUGUCAAGAGUGAUAGUGAUCAGUAAAGAGGAGAUGAGUAAUUCUUUGAGAGGAGUACUUUUAUUUGGUGUGUUCAAUGUUUUUGCAGGAUGCGUAUUUUGUAGAGACUUGCACCCGAUUAAACCAGAACCAGGUACAUGUUUUGACAGCUAUCUAGAUGUCCAACCGAUCAGCCUGAGCAAUUUGGCGAAAGCAUGCGUAGAAAGACUGCCCACGAAAAAAGUUUGCCAUGGCAUAAAACUUAUUACAAAUGAAAUCAUCUUGGUUGAUUGUGUUCCAGAAGGCCAACAAUUAGAAAAAGGCUGUUACAGGUUUUUCAAUGUCGAUUUGACACAAACAGUAAUCUGUCAGAAGUUCCUCAGAAGAAAUAAAUGUGAGAUCAUCAAAACACCAGAAAAUUUGGCGAUUGAAGUGUAUUGUGACCAAAGUCAAUCUGGAAUUGUUAUGGUCAAGAAUUUGAAGAUCACAUAAUUUUUUCCCUUAGUAAACUCUUAUCUUAUAAUGGAUAUACCUAUUAUGAAUGUCUUUUUUAUGUCGUAGUAGUGCUUUAUAAUGAAAGGAAGAUUUAUCAUUCAUAUUCAUUAUUUCCGAAGAAUUUUUGAUAUAGCUAUUUUCUAUAUCAUCACUAGGUCAUAGCAUGUCAU